AUGCAGCUAGUCACGCCACGCACCACCUUUAUUUCCACCUCCGUCUUCUUUUCCGAGAAGGAAUCCAACCCCCAAGCGAGUCACAACGUCCUCUCAGCUUCAUGCCGCUGUCUCCCAGUGGAGCUGCACUUAACCAAACCACGCAGAUUAUCACCAAUUGAGCCCCUGUCCACCUCCGGUCCCACCCUUGAGGCACAUCUCUUCUCCCCCCCACUUGACUCUCCCUUUCCCUCCAGCCACACUAACUCCCCUGCCGUCCAUCUCUCAUCUUUCAUGCAUCCUCCCUGGGAUGAAAUGCCGGCAGGCGAUCAGGCAAUCACGCUUGUACCGGCCCAAUGCCGGUGUCGGUAUUCGAAAGGUCCGUUGGGGUUAGGGGGUGGUGAGGCCGGUUGAUGUGUUCAUGGGGUGCAAUUGCCAUGCUAGUGUGGCGUGGGCGAAUGGUUGUUCCCUGAUGCCUUGCAAGAUCAUAACCCGAGGGUACCGUGGCGAGAAGAUGCUUGAGGAUUGGAGGGCGAGCAGAACAAUACAACGCACCGCCAUCCCAGAGGCUCCAGUGUUCGUGGGCGUUGUCGGGGUCGCUGCGUUCAGAGUCUCCUGCAGUAGUUUGGCGGAAGUCCAAGCGC